AUGGUCUCGCAGAGGCAGAAGAUCCAGGAGUUCGCGGCGGUGACCGGGUCGACGCAGCGCGUCGCGCAGGAGUGCCUCCGCGCGUGCGACUGGUCGGUGCCCGUUGCCGUCGACCACUUCUAUUCCUGCGGCAAGUACACGGCGCGCGCGCCCAAGCUCGACUCAGGCUCGAUCGAGACGCUGUUCCAGAAAUAUAGCGGCGGCGAGGACGUCAUCCUCGCGGAGGGCAUCAUGAAGUUCUGCGAGGACCUGGGCGUCGACCCGACGGACAUCGCGAUGCUGGUGCUGUCGUAUCACAUGGGCGCGGAGACGAUGGGCGAGUGGAAGCGCGCGGAGUUCGCCCACGGCAUGCACUGCCUGCAGUGCGACAGCGUGAAGCAGCUGCAGGGCAAACUCGGCCCGCUGCGCGACUCCCUGAGCGACGCGGGCACGUUCGGGGAGGUCUACCGCUACGCGUACGGGUUUUCGUGCCCGAAGGGGCAGAAGGUUGUGCAACUGGAGGCGGCGCUGGGAAUGUGGCGGCUGCUGUUUGACGGCCGAGGCUGGCCGCACCUAGACGCGUGGUGCGACUUCCUGCAGGAGCACCACGGCCGGGCGAUCUCGCGGGACACGUGGAACCAGCUCCUGGACUUCGUGAACACGAUCAAGCCGGACCUGAGCAACUACGACCUCGAGGGCGGCGCGUGGCCGUACCUCCUUGAUGAGUUCGUAGAAGUCACGCGGGAGAAGAUGAGCGCGGCGUAG